AUGGCACCCAAAAAAAAGACAGGUUCAGCGUCCAAGACAAGAUCUUCCACUUCGUCCUCCAAAAUCACCCUAGCCAAAGUCAAAGGUGAAAAUUUUUAUCGAAAUGCGAAACAGGCGGCACGCCUCAAGAUGCUCAAUGGCGGCAAGCCCGUACGAGACAAGGACGGAAAGAUCAUCCAAGCCGCCGCUUUCCAGAAGGGCGAAGAUGAAACAAAGCCGGGAAGAGUGCAGCCCGACAGGCGGUGGUUUGGAAAUACGAGGGUUAUAUCUCAAACUGCCCUGGACCACUUUCGUACAAGUCUUUCGUCAAAAAAAGAUGAUCCAUAUUCUGUCUUGUUGCGGCGGAACAAACUUCCUAUGGCUCUAUUAGACGAUGCCGCUAAUCCUAAUUUGCGGAAGAGAUCACACAUAGUGGAAACGGAACCAUUCAAAGAUACCUUUGGACCGAAGGCACAGAGGAAGCGACCGAGGAUCGAUGCGGGCAACUUUGAAGAGCUCAGUAAGAUUGGUGCUGCGGCAGUGGACGAAGCAGCAGUGGGAAGUGGAACUGUUAUAGAACCGCUGGCAUCCUCCAUUGCGGAGGUGCAGACGCAUGCAGACUACAAUGAGCCUAUCUACGCAAAAGGAACCUCACGGAGAAUAUACGGAGAAUUGUACAAGGUUAUCGAUUCUUCAGACGUUAUUCUACAUAUCCUCGACGCACGGGACCCUAUGGGUACGUUGUGCGAAUCUGUACUAGAAUUCAUCAAGAAGGAGAAAGCCCAUAAACAAGUCGUUCUGAUCCUAAACAAGUGCGAUUUGGUGCCCAAUUGGGUCACAGCUCGGUACAUUCAACACCUCACUCCUCGAUAUCCUACCAUCGCCUUUCACGCCUCCCCUAACCAUUCCUUCGGCAAAGGCUCCCUCAUUCAGCUUCUCCGCCAAUUCUCCCAACUGCACUCUGACAAGAAGCAGAUAUCCGUCGGUUUCAUCGGCUACCCGAAUGUAGGCAAAAGUAGCGUCAUCAACACCCUCAAAAGCGGCAAAGUAUGCAGAGUUGCACCUGUUCCAGGUGAAACCAAAGUCUGGCAAUACAUUACGCUUACGCGAAGGAUUUACUUGAUCGAUUGUCCUGGAAUUGUGCCAACGUCUGCACAUGAUAGCCAGACGUCUACCGUUUUGAAGGGCGUUGUGCGUGUAGAGGCUUUGGCGACACCGUCAGAGCACAUUCCGGCUUUGAUGGAGAGGGUGAAGCCUUUAUAUCUCUCCAGGACAUAUGGUGUCCCCCUCCCCAACGAGGAAGACCCGAAGCAAUCCUGGGAACCAGAGGUUUUCCUAGACAAACUGGCUCGUAUGAAGGGAAGACUUUUGAAGCAGGGAGAACCUGAUCUGGAUUCUGUCGCUAAAAUUGUUUUGAGUGAUUGGGUGCGGGGCAGGAUACCGUUCUUUGUUCCUCCUCCUGAACGCUCGGAGGAGCUGAACAAGGCGGAAGCAAAGAAGAGGAAGGGUAAAGGCAAGGCCGUAGAGGCAGAGGACGGCGUUGUUCCUGGGGUGAAGCAGAAUUUGGGUUCGAUCAUGCAGAAGAAUUCAUUCUUGGCAGAAGACGUCAUGGUUCUUGGGCCAGAGGAUGUAAGUGAGGAUGGUGUAGAAACUGUUGAUGAAGGCAGCGAAAAUGCAGAGGAGGAGCCGAAGGGCGAAGCUGAAGAAGAGGAUGAUCUUACCUGGGAUGAUGUCUUUGAAGGUAUCAAGGAAUCCUCAGAGGAUGAAACAGAACCUGAAGUUCCAGCAUCUGUACAAAAUAAAGAGCCUCCUAUGCCCAAGAAGGAGACCCGCAUGAAGACAAAUAAACACAAGGCCACGAAUUUCUAUUCAAAUGCGAAUGUCAAAAAUAAAAACCGUGAAAAGGCCGCGCUGCUCCGGUCCCUGCCUGUUGGCAAGAAGGCUUCUGUCAAUCGUCGAAGAUGA